AUUAAAUAUUCACAUUCGACCAUUUGACAUAACGAGUAUGUAGGCGUGUAUUACUCGCCGUCGGGCCGGAAGUGCCGCUUGGCGCCGCGGCGUAGGGCGGGCGCGUGCGCGAACUUUGGGCGGGGUUUCUAAUACCGCCCUAUGGGGGUUCGCAAUAAAGAUCGACCUUAUUUAUGUUGGGUUUAAGUUUAUUAACGAGUACAGUGAGUUUAGUGGCGAGGUGUGGGCGGAUGACCGCCUUAGAAGCGACGUGGAUUCUAUAUAGUCCGUUGAGCGUGUCGAGCGAUGGCCGCUCGCGAGGACGCGGGCGAGCGGCAGUAAUGGUGAUGGAGCGGCUGGCUGACUUUGUGAGCAAGUCUCUGGAGGGAGGCGAGGCUCCCGCGCCGCCGCCGGCACCCGACGAGGACGCGGACGAGGUCGAGGUGGACAUCACGGCGCUGGACGACAAGGGGCCGCCGGCCAAGAAGCCUCGCAACUGGCUGCUCUCGCCCGUGCCGGCGCACUGCAAGCGGGAGGCUAGCACGGAUGACGAUGAUGAUAAACAUGAGCAUCCAGACAAAUCGCCAAACAGCCUGGGCGGGAACGGUGGCGGCAAGCAGCGGAGGUCUCGCACGAACUUCACGCUGGAGCAGCUGGGAGAGUUGGAGCGGUUGUUCGACGAGACCCACUACCCUGACGCCUUCAUGCGCGAGGAGCUCAGCCAGAGACUGGGGUUGAGCGAGGCGAGAGUGCAGGUUUGGUUUCAAAAUCGACGAGCCAAAUGUCGGAAACACGAGAGCCAGAUGCACAAAGGUUUGCUGGUAAGCGGCGGUGGCACGCCUCUGGAGCCCUGUCGCGUGGCGCCGUACGUGUCAGUACCGCGGCUGACCGCCGUCCCCCGCGCGCCGCCGCCACCUCCGCCAAUGCCUGCGCUGACGCCGCACCCACCCCCCGCCGCCUUCGCCCCCUUCGACUCUGCUCUUUUGUCCGCUGCUGCACAUCAGUAUGCGAGUGCAGCGGCCGCGGCGGCGGCUGCGCUGUGUCCGCCGUACGCCGGUCUGGCCGCUCUUGCUGCGCGCUGCCGCUCGUCCUCCAUAGCCGACCUCCGCCUCAAGGCUCGCCGUCACGCCGCCGCACUCGCCGCAGCCCGCGCGCCCUCCCCGCCCCCGCCGCAGCCCGCUGCCUCCGCAGACACCUAGCCGAUGAUACAACAGUAAACUAAUGUGUGUUUCUAUAGCAGCCUGAAAAUAUGGACAAUACCCCGUAUUAGUUUCUGUGUUGAACAAAACAAGCAUUUCACUUGUUUGCUACUUAACGUGAUAACUAGACGAUAAUCUGACAAACGACAGAAACGACGAGACUCUGCCAUUUUGGGGACAUUGUUCGUCUUUCUGACAGCUGUAGAACAACAAUUUCAAUUAACUAAAAUAAAAAUAAUCAUAAAAACAUACGAAAUAAUUUGAAAAUAUAGGUAUAGUUAUGAUGAUUUUCUAGCAGAAAUAUAGUGUUCCGUCUCUACUAUGAUGUUGGUUAAAGAUUGGUAUCAAACGCGUUCCUAAAUUGAAUACAUAAUGUGCAUUAAUUUGUACAUUUUGAGUUGCACUUUCUUCUUUACAUAGGUAUACUAAGUUCCUCAGUAUUGCCAUAUACUUAGACGAUAAUACGUGUUUGUAUGUAAUAUGUAUAACUUCGCUUCAAAAACGAAUGUAUAUGAUUAAUGUAAGAACUAUAUAAUAAUGUUUUGACUCAUGGUAUGAGAGUGAAGAAAGAGAACUUUGACCAAGAGCAGUGUGAGGUAUUUGUAUAUUAUUAAACUGUGAUAAGUGUACGUUUCGGAAGUUCUACGAUCUUGUUAAAUUCCUAUAGUGUCAUAAGCUUGUAUGUAGUAGUUAAGUUAUAUCUGGUAAUAUCACUAAUUAUUUAAAAGCAGUUUUCGACUUAAUAUUGUAAAUAUUAUCUUAUCCUAGUACAUAGUUGUUUGACGUAUUAAAUUCAUAAUAAUGCUCUGUUCAUAGCUGUGUAAUUGUAACAUAAUAAUAUUUACUACGUACUGAA